AUGCAAGAGCUCUCGGAUGAGAGCCUCCGCCUGAUCGAAGCCGAGUUUGAUGCCCACCGACGCCACGUCGAGGCGACGCGCGAAGCGUACGAGCGUCAGAAGGCGGCGGCACUCACGCAAAAGGCGGCCGAUCUGCGCGCGACGCUCGGCGGCCUCGACGCCCAAGUGGCCGCUUCCCGGGUCGCCCGUCAAACCUUGCGCUCGCAGCUACUCACAAAGAAGGUCCACGUACAGUCGCAGAUGGCGCAGCAACUGGAGCUCCAGCGAGAAGCGUGGCACGUCACAAGAAGCCACGAGCUCGAAGAAGCGGCGCGCCGGCGCUUGGACUUGGAGCAACUGCAGCAGAAACGACAACAUCUGGAGCGCCUUGAGCAAACAUCCAUGAUACAACUGGAUGCGAUUGAUGCCGAGAGAUCGCGCCGGCGGCAGCGCGACGUCAACCAGAUUGAACACUUGCUCGUCAAAGGGUCGGUGCUCGAGCGCCAGCUCCCGCACGACGCCCUGCUGGAUAUUGUGGCGGAGACAACACCAACCAUCCAGUCGGCUCACUUUGCCAACGAGUGCGAAGGUCGACUGCGCAUCGAGCACGAGCAAGCGACGCACCGACGUCACGACCAGCUUCGGCAGCUUAACGCGGACCGCGCUGCUCUUGAAGAACGCGAGGAGGAGCUCCGGCAAAAGCAACGCGAGCUCCAUUACUUGGCGUCCAAGGGCGUCGACUUUCUCGUUGAGAUUGAGUUUGGGCACGCGCCGCCGGUUGAAUUGAUUUUGAAAAACAUGCCGGACGAGAUACCGGCGCCGGAUACCGACGUCGACACGAUCGACGACGUCCUCGACGACGCAACCAAGUGGCUCGCGUCUGGCGAUGCGACGCUGGCCUCUAUUGCUCAGAGCAUACCCUUGUCAACGCUUCCAGUGCCGUGUCCCGUGCGCCCGGUGUCACCGCUACCAAGAACACCGACUGCAAUGCUCUUGCAAAGCCUGGUGUGCGAUCUGAUCGACCAGAUUCUGGAGACACUGCCAGCACCGCUGGUCAAAGCCGACGUCUUGGCGCAGCAGCGCAUCUGGAGAGACACCCGGCGGAAUCUGCGCCGCGUUGCGCGCCGGGAGCGAUAUCAGCGUGCGAUCCAUCACGUGCGCGAUGCGCUUGUGGACGAUGUUGUCCAUAGUAUGAUACUGGAUCUGUGGACCGAGGCAUGUGCGGCGCGGCACGGCGUCCGUAGCUUGCUUCUCACGGCGCUACAACGCGUGCUCUGCCAGCCAGACCAAAACGAGGCGGUGUCGAGUGCAUUGGAAGAGCUCCAGACGCGCCGGCGCCGUCAAGACCAAGUGGAUGCGAGCUGUCUCGUUCUUAUAUCUUCGGUGCUGCGACCGAGACCACCCCCGCCACCGACGACGGCGUUGCCGACGAAACCAGCGACUGUGCAAGUCUACGCAGCGCUCCCGCCACCGAUGGAGAUUGCCAGGCGACGCAUCGCGCCGCCGGAACCGACGAUGGUGACGGUGCAGCGAGCGUACUGGAAGCAUGUGCGAUUGACGCCGGUUGUCCUCAGCGCAAAAUCGCGCCACAGUAUUGAUCAUGUCUUGACGCGUGGACGGCAUUUGUACGUUGUCGGUACCAAAGGCGACGUGACCGUCAUCGAUAUGACCACCGACGUCGUUGUGCGCGAGGUCCAGGGUUCGAACCCGAUCACGCACCUAGAUAUUGGGUUGAUGCCGGGGUAUUUUCUGACCGUCUGCAAAAAGCAAACUGCCUUGCUGUCCGUCAACGCUGCCAGCCUGCGCACCGUUGCAACGUGGACGAAAGCCGACCUGACGCGACCAAGCUACACCAUCGACGACGUGGUCUUGGGCCACAUUUGGCCGUCGAUCUCGAUCGUCGGCGCUCCCACGAGCGUGGUUGUCGGUACCAAAGACGGUGCUGUCGUUCGCCUCCAGCUCUGCCGCCCGCAACGCGCUGCGUCGACCGACACCCGGGACUUUUUCCAUGGACACAACAGCCCGAUCGUGUAUCUUGGACACCGGGGCACGGACCUUGUGAGCGUCGACGUCGCCGGAGUCGUGUGCUUCUGGACCACGGCACCGCGGUAUCGCACGGGCUUUGGUUGGUGGGCGCCGUCGGCGACCGUCCAUCUCAACUCCACCGUGCACGCGGCAGAGAUCACAUCGACCGGUGCCCACCUCGCACUCCUCGUCGGCGGCGCUGGCUCGACGCAGAUUCUGCAGCUGACCCUUCCAGACCUCGCGCUCGUCCCCGUCGAGAUUCAUCUCCCGCGCUUGCGACCGCCGUUUGAGUUGGCGCUGCUGCCACCCGUCGAAGGUCUCCCGGGGGAUUCCGCGCUCGUUUCGUAUGAAGGUAUUUUGUUUGUUUACUCCCUCUGGACUGGCACGGCCGUGAGCUCGACACCACUAAAAGAGACCAUGGUCUCCUUAAGCGCGAGUCAUGACCGCAUCCUUGGUCUCGUCAAAGGCAAGAUCGCGUGCUUCCGCGUCGACGACGCCACGUCAGCGGCCGACUUUGCAGCCAGCGUCCACCACACGAAUGCACGCCCGGCUCCGACCAUGGUACGCACGCCGGAUGGAUGUUUUGAGAGCUGA